GUUAUGGUCAGUUGUUAUGGUUAGUUGUUAUGGUUAGUUGUUAUGGUUAGUUGUUAUGAUCAGUUUAUGGUAUGAUUUGGGCAACAUAAAACUGAUCCUAGAUCUGAGCCUACCAGGUGGUAACAAGGUACACACAGGUGUGGAAUUCCACAGGUGUGCCAGCUAACAGAGAUGCCAACUAACACAACAUAGAUGCCAACCUAAGCUAGGUGUAUUAUAUAAGUGUAUUAUAUUAAUGUCAUUAACUGUCAUUAACAACUGUUUACGACUGUUAUUAUGGAAAUACUAUUACUUACCGUAGACAGGUGAUUACAGUUAGGCUAUAUAUACAGGUAGGCUAUAUACAGGUAGGCUAUAUACAGGUAGGCUAUAUACAGGUAGGCUAUAUACAGGUAGGCUAGACUAUAUACAGGUAGGCUAUAUACAGGUAGACUAUAUACAGGUAGGCUACAUACAGGUAGGCUAUAUAUACAGGUAGGCUAGCCAUAGAGUUGGAUACAGCACACUACUUGGAAAUAACCUGUUUGUGCAUGGACAUUGCCAUUGAGUGCUUCCACCAUUUUAAAGUAGUCAACUGUGUGGAACUCCCUCUGGGUAAAGGAAGGAUCACAUCAUUCCAUCCAGGUCAUUUAUACCCGUUCAAACAACACCCUCCAGGUGGCAGUAUGUACCUUUCAGUUUGUUGACCAACUCGUAGUCAUAGAAGAAGAAGAAAAUGGACUUCUUCCAAAAUGAAGACGGCCUCAACGGUGCUGCCCGUGCUCUCACAGACGCCAUAAUGGGACCGAUACAAAGAUGAGUCCUCUAUCUAAGUCUAUGGUGCCAACCCACAGUGAUGCCAACCUAACCCACAGUGAUGCCAACCUAACCCACAGUGAUGCCAACCUAACCCACAGUGAUGCCAACCUAACCCACUGUGAUGCCAACCGAACCCACAGUGAUGCCAACCUAACCCACAGUGAUGCCAACCGAACCCACAGUGAUGCCAACCUAACCCACAGUGAUGCCAACCUAACCCACAGUGAUGCCAACCUAACCCACAGUGAUGCCAACCUAACCCACAGUGAUGCCAACCUAACCCACAGUGAUGCCAACCUAACCCACAGUGAUGCCAACCUAACCCACAGUGAUGCCAACCUAACCCACAGUGAUGCCAACCUAACCCACAGUGAUGCCAACCUAACACACAGCGAUGCCAACCUAACCCACAGUGAUGCCAACCUAACCCACAGUGAUGCCAACCUAACCCACAGUGAUGCCAACCUAACCCACAGUGAUGCCAACCUAACCCACAGUGAUGCCAACCUAACCCACAGUGAUGCCAACCUAACCCACAGUGAUGCCAACCUAACCCACAGUGAUGCCAACCUAACCCACAGUGAUGCCUACCUAACCCACAGUGAUGCCAAACUGCUCCGUGUAAUGGCAAGGAUGUUGCUGUGUGUUUCCGGGGUGGGUCGAGGGGGUCUGGGGUUGCUAGCGGUAAAGAGGGCGUUUCUUCUCACUCGCACUGCCCACUCGUCGCCCCAGAACUUUGAGUAUCGACCAAUCAAAAAGGUCAUGGUGGCCAACAGAGGUGAGAUCGCUAUCCGUGUGUUCAGGGCGUGUACUGAGUUGGGGAUUCGAACCGUGGCUGUUUACUCUGAAGAAGAUCGAGGACAGAUGCACAGACAAAAGGCUGACGAAGCCUACCUGAUAGGGAAAAGUCUUCCUCCUGUUGCUGCCUACCUGCAUAUACCUGACAUCAUUAAAGUAGCUAAGGAGAAUGGUGUAGAUGCUAUCCACCCAGGUUAUGGGUUUCUAUCUGAGAGAUCAGACUUUGCCCAGGCCUGUGUUGAUGCAGGAGUCCGCUUCAUCGGGCCCUCCCCAGAAACUGUGCGCAAGAUGGGGGACAAAGUGGAAGCUCGCUCUCUGGCUAUCAGUGCUGGUGUGCCAGUGGUUCCUGGGACAGAUGCUCCUAUAUCUUCUGUGGAGGAGGCCCGGGUGUUUUCUGAGACCUAUGGGUUCCCUAUCAUCUUUAAAGCUGCCUAUGGAGGAGGAGGACGAGGCAUGCGGGUGGUUAAAGAGUAUGAGGAACUGGAGGAGAACUACCACAGGGCCUACUCUGAGGCUCUGACAGCGUUUGGGAACGGAGCUCUGUUUGUGGAGAAGUUCAUCGAGAAACCACGACACAUAGAAGUUCAGAUCCUGGGUGAUAAGUAUGGCAACAUAAUACAUCUCUAUGAGAGAGACUGUUCCAUUCAGAGAAGACAUCAGAAGGUGGUGGAGAUUGCCCCCGCGGCCGACCUGGACCCUCAUCUAAGAGACCGACUGACUUCUGACUCUGUCAAACUGGCCAAACAGGUCGGCUAUGAGAAUGCGGGCACUGUGGAGUUCCUAGUAGAUAAACACGGGAAACAUUACUUCAUAGAAGUCAACUCCAGACUGCAGGUGGAACACACUGUCACUGAGGAGGUUACGGAUGUGGACCUGGUUCAUGCCCAACUGCGUGUGUGUGAGGGACGCAGUCUGCCUGAGCUGGGGUUAACACAGGAGACCAUCAGGGUGAAUGGUUGUGCCAUACAAUGUAGAGUCACCACUGAAGACCCGGCCAGAGGCUUCCAACCAGACACAGGACGACUGGAGGUGUUCCGUAGCGGUGAAGGGAUGGGUAUACGUCUAGACUCAGCCUCAGCCUUCCCUGGAGCUGUGAUCUCCCCCCACUAUGAUUCUCUGCUGGUCAAAGUCAUCGCCUCUGGGAAAGACAUGUCUACCGCGGCCGCCAAGAUGCACCGCGCUCUCUCUGAGUUCAGAGUCCGGGGGGUCAAGACCAACAUCCCCUUCCUCCAGAAUGUUCUGAGUAAUCACCAAUUUCUACACAGUACAGUGGACACUCAGUUUAUAGAUGAGAACCAGAACCUGUUUAUCAUGAAGCCAGUUCAGAACAGAGCACAGAAACUACUGCACUACCUGGGUCAUGUGAUGGUGAACGGACCAACCACACCCAUUCCUGUCAAGGCUAAGCCCUCCUCCAUCGACCCUGUCAUCCCUACUGUACCCAUGGGUGAGCCGUCGUUAGGGUUCCGUGACGUCCUGCUCCGUGAGGGUCCAGAGGGCUUUGCCAAGGCAGUGAGAGCUCACUCUGGUCUACUGCUCAUGGACACCACCUUCAGGGACGCCCACCAGUCCCUCCUGGCCACCAGGGUGCGAACUCACGACCUGAAGAAGAUAGCACCUUACAUAUCACAUAACUUCAACAACCUGUUCAGCCUGGAGAACUGGGGAGGAGCUACAUUUGACGUAGCCAUGCGUUUCCUGUACGAGUGUCCCUGGAAGAGACUCCAGGAGCUGAGAAGCUUAGUACCCAACGUUCCCUUUCAGAUGUUACUGAGAGGAGCUAACGCUGUGGGAUACACUAACUACCCUGAUAACGCAGUGUUCAAGUUCUGUGAGGUGGCGAAGGAGAACGGCAUGGAUAUAUUCCGUGUAUUUGACAGUCUCAACUACCUCCCUAACAUGAUACUGGGCAUGGAAGCCGCCGGUAGGGCAGGAGGGGUGGUGGAGGCUGCUAUCUCCUACACAGGAGACGUAUCAGACCCCAUGAGACAGAAGUACUCCCUGGCGUACUAUGUAAAGCUGACUGAGGAACUGAUGAAGGCUGGGACUCACAUACUCUGUAUCAAGGACAUGGCCGGGCUGUUGAAGCCGGAGUCCAGUCGUAUCCUGAUCAGUGCUCUGCGUGAUCGUUAUCCUGACGUUCCCAUCCACGUCCACACACACGACACAGCAGGGGCUGGAGUAGCCGCUAUGCUGGCCUGCGCUGAGGCCGGGGCCGACGUAGUGGAUGUCGCGGUGGACUCCAUGGCAGGGAUGACGUCACAGCCCAGCAUGGGAGCCAUGGUGGCCUGCACCAAAGGAACCAAACUCGACACUGGUAUUGCCUUAGAGAAGGUGUUUGAUUAUAGUGAGUACUGGGAGGUGACGAGAGGGCUGUAUGCUCCAUUUGACUGCACUGCUACCAUGAAGUCAGGUAACGCUGAUGUGUAUGAGAAUGAGAUUCCAGGCGGACAGUACACAAACCUUCACUUCCAGGCCCACAGCAUGGGGCUGGGCAACAGGUUUAAACAAGUCAAGAAGUCCUACUCAGAGGCUAACAAACUACUGGGGGAUCUGAUCAAGGUGACUCCCAGCUCUAAGAUUGUAGGAGACCUGGCUCAGUUCAUGGUCCAGAACAACCUGACGAGAGAGGAAGUGGAGGAAAAAGCUGAUGAGCUGUCCUUCCCUCUGUCUGUGGUGGAGUUCCUACAAGGACACAUUGGGAUACCGCACGGAGGCUUCCCCGAACCAUUCAGGACCAGGGUUCUAAAAUCCCUCCCCCGUAUCGAGGGGCGUCCUGGUGCCACCCUGCCUCCCCUGGACUUUGAUGCCCUGGAGUCCGGGCUUCGUUUGCUGCACGGCGAUGACAUCACACAGGAGGAUGUGAUGUCAGCGGCCAUGUAUCCCAAGGUGUUCCAGGAGUACAAGGAGUUCACAGGUAGCUUCGGUCCCGUCGACUGCCUCAGCACACGACUCUUCUUGGACGGGCCCAAGAUAGCAGAGGAGUUUCAGGUGGAGAUAGAGAGAGGGAAGACGUUACACAUCAAGGCCCUAGCGGUGGGAGACUUGAAUAAGACAGGUCAGAGAGGAGUCUUCUUUGAGCUCAACGGUCAACUGCGGUCCGUCCUGGUCAAAGAUAAUGUGGCCAUGAAGGAGAUGAAGUUCCACCCUAAGGCUCUGAAGUCCGUCCGAGGUCAGGUGGGGGCACCCAUGCCCGGAAAGGUCAUCGAGGUCAAAGUUGAGCCCGGUCAGAAGGUGGAGAAGGGUCAGCCGCUUUGUGUUCUGUCAGCUAUGAAGAUGGAGACUGUGGUCAACUCUCCACUGACUGGGGUUGUCACAGUGAUUCAUGUGAACACUGAUACUAGUUUGGAAGGAGAUGAUUUGAUAUUGGAAAUCACUGCAGAGGAGUAGCGAGAUGGAGUAGAGAGAUGGAGUAGAGAGAGGGAGGGAGUAGAGAUGGAGUAGAGAGAUGGAGUAGA